AAUCCCAACUUUUCUUCGCUGUUCUCUCUAUAAAUUAUUAAUUACAUUAUUCUAUUAUUCUUAUUCCUAAAGUUAUUCUUAUUAUUAUUAUUGUUCAUUCAUUAUUUUAUACAAUAUUAAUCUCAUAUUUUAAUACCCAUUUGGAUCGUUAACUUUAGAUCCAAAUUCAUCAAAAAAAUUCACUUUUUUCGAUUGGGUUUCUAUUUUCAUAAGGUUUUUCACCGAUUUCCAUGGCACCAAUGGAUCCUAAACAAACUACUUCUUCUAGUAGUAGUGGUGGUGGUUUCUUUGCUUCUAUUGCUUCAACUUUCUCCAAUUUUGGCACUUCUGCGUCUAAAUCCGUUAAUGAUACUCCUGAGGGAUUGGAAGUUGUUAAUCCAGAAGGAGGAACGGAAGAUGCUGAAGAGGAAGCUAAGAAGGGACGAUGGAAAGACGAGGAACGGGAUAGUUACUGGAAAAUGAUGCAAAAGUAUGUUGGCUCUGAUAUCACAUCAAUGGUGACACUUCCAGUUAUCGUUUUUGAGCCAAUGACGAUGCUACAAAGAAUGGCUGAGCUCAUGGAGUACUCUUACCUAUUAGAUAUGGCGGAUGAGACUGAUGAUCCAUACAUGAGACUUGUAUAUGCCUCAUCAUUCUUUAUAUCUGUAUACUAUGCCUAUCAACGAACAUGGAAACCAUUCAAUCCAAUUCUUGGUGAGACUUAUGAAAUGGCUAACCACGGUGGCAUGUCAUUUAUAGCAGAGCAGGUCUGCCAUCACCCUCCAAUGAGUGCCGGGCAUGCUGAAAAUGAACAUUUCAUUUAUGAUAUAACAUCAAAACUGAAAACCAAAUUUCUUGGCAACUCGGCUGAUGUAUAUCCUGUUGGAAGGACACGUGUUACACUCAAAAGAGAUGGUGUGACGCUUGAUUUGGUGCCUCCACCUACAAAAAUUAGCAACUUGAUUUUUGGACGAACUUGGAUUGAUUCACCGGGGGAUAUGGUCCUGACAAAUUUGACUACGGGGGACAAAGUCGUGCUUUAUUUUCAACCAUGUGGCUGGUUUGGAGCUGGUCGAUAUGAAGUGGAUGGAUAUGUGUAUAAUUCCUCUGAAGAACCAAAGAUUCUAAUAACUGGAAAAUGGAAUGAAGCUUUGAGUUAUCAAGUUUGUGACCCUGAAGGAGAACCACUUCCAGGCACUGAGCUCAAAGAGGUUUGGAGAGUUGCUGAAACUCCUAAAAAGGACAAAUUCCAAUACACCUAUUUUGCGCACAAGCUUAACAGCUUUGAUACUGCUCCCAAGAAGUUGUUGCCAUCAGACUCUCGUCUUCGUCCUGAUAGAAUGGCCCUUGAGAAGGGCGACCUAUCCGUGUCCGGCAACGAGAAGAGCAGUUUGGAGGAGAGGCAAAGAGCUGAGAAAAGAAACCGAGAGGCCAAGAACCAGAAGUUCACUCCUAGAUGGUUUGAUCUGACAGAGGAAGUAACUCCAACACCUUGGGGUGAAUUGGAAGUUUAUCAAUACAACGGUAAAUAUACAGAACACCGCGCUGCUGUAGAUAGUUCUGAUUGCAUUGAAGAGCCUGAAAGUAGACCAGAAUUCAAUCCUUGGCAAUUUGAUAAUUUGGAAGCUGAAUAGGCAUUAUUGUGGAAUUCUUCCUAUUUUUUUAACUGCCAUUUUGUUAUUAUAAGUUUGUAAUUUAUCUCUUAUUUGAAUGCUUGAUAUUUGAUCUUGUUUCUUGGGGCUGUGUUAUGUUGUUGUAGCAUUUGAUCAAUUAAUAUUAGCUUUGUUAGUUCAA